AUGACGGAUGGGGCGGUAGUUGGGGGGGUGGUGGAUGCGAUGCAUGAAGAUGAUGGGGUGGUGGGAGUGUUGGUGCUGCUGUUGGUGCUCCUGCAGCGGCUGCAGCAACUGCCGCUACUUGUGGGGCCAAUGGAGAAGAAUGUGGCGGAUAUGGCGAUAAAUUGUCCAGACCAGAGACAGCCGCUGAGACUGCAGCUGCAGCUGCCGCCGGCGGUGAUGGACCAGCGCUCAUGGGAGUUGAGUGUUGAGCUGCUGCCACCCAUGCCAACACCCACUCCCACUCCGACGCCAACGCCCACGCCCAUGCUGGCCAGGCCGCCAAUCGAACCGAAGCCAGGUGCUGUUGGUGUGGCGGUUCCACUGCCCGUUGCUGAGCUGCUUGUGACCAGAGAGCCAGUGUUUAGAUUGCCAUUGCUGGAGCUAGAGGCAAAGCCGCUCAUUCCCGAUGUUGUUCCGCCGCCGCCGCCACCUACACCGCCCACAGUUCCGCCACCACCUGCUCCUCCACCACCACCACCAGAUGUGCCGCCUCCACUGCUGCCCAUACCUGUAGAUGUUGUUGUUGUUGUUGUAGAGCCACUGCCACUUCCACCGCUGCCGCCGCCACCGCCGCCAAUGCCUGUUGCUGAGGCCGUGGCGAUGGCAUUGCUUUCAUAUUAG